AUGUUGCUGCACAAUUUGCUUUUCUACUUUGAGAAUAGCAAAAUAGAAUUAGAAAAAGAAGUUGACCCAGACAAGUACACAUACUUGGACAUGCUAGAGACAUGCUCAAAACAGCUAGAUAUAUAUACUGUUGGGAUGCACAUCAUGUAUGGGGAUGAGAUGCGGGUUACAUGUGAUGCUGAUUUGCUUCAAAUGUUUCAAGGAAGUCAUAAUGAAAUGAAUAUUCAUAUCUUUGUGUACGAGGAUAAGUCAACACGCCCAGUUUCCUUCAAGUUACCAAAACAUAUCGAAGGAUCAGAAAAAGAAAUAGAAAAUCAAAGUCAUGAUGGUUUAGGCCGUAUUGAACGCACUGGGAAAGAAAGACAAAAUCAGUCAACUAAUGAUUUCCAAUGUCUUCCAGACAAUACACUAAUUGAUAAAACUGCACCACAGCCUAAUGAAGUCGAACCGCAUCCACAUCAAUCACCAAUAAAAAAGAAAGGACGAGUGGAAAAUGAUGACAAACAGAGAAGAGUUCGAGGAAUGAACAAGAACAAGAGAGUUGCAGCUCUGAAAAAUGAUGACCAACUAGAAGUAACUUUCUACAAAAAUCGAGCUGUUGGACCUAAUCAUGAGGCUUUUUCAAGACACUUGGGACGGAUUGUUCGUGAUUUUAAUAUUUGUUCUGUUAGAGUUCAUAGUUGGAAGGAAAUUGGAGAACAAGAGAAGAGCCACAUGUGGGCUGCAAUUAAGGAGAAGUUUAAAAAUGAUAAUAUGGAGGAUCACCGUAAAGAUGCACUUUGUCACAUGCGUUCCUUGUGGAAUAAUUGGAGGUCCUUAUUGAAUAGAAAAUAUAUCAAACCGUACAAUAGUGUACAAGACAUUCUAAAGAAAAAACCCAUUGAGAUCCAAGAUCAAGAAGAUUGGGAAUGGCUUGUCAAAAAUCAUUUUCAAGCUUCAUCCUUCAAGGAAAAAAGUGAAAGAAAUUCGAAAAAUAGAAAGCAGCCACGCAUGCCCCAUAGGACCGGAAGCAAACCAAUGCGAGAGAUUGCAUACCAAAUGGGAGGCAAAAAUGGUCAUGAACCCAAUUUAGCAGAAAUGUGGUUUUCAACUAGGAAGAAAGGUGAGAAGUUGGUGGAGCCGAAAGAACAAGAAACAUAUGAUCAACUAGUUCAAACCAUCCAAUCGAAUCCUGAAAUGUCAAAUCUUGAAAUUAUUGAGACUUGUUUUGGCCCCCAAGUCAAGAAUCAUGUUCUUUUGUAUGGUGGUGGGGUGAGACCUAAAGAAUUAAAACUUGCAUCUUCAAGCAAGAAUGAACUGGAAGAAGAGAACAAGAUGCUUAAAGACCGGGUGAAAGCUCUAGAAGAUGCAUUUAAAGAAUUUAUGCAAUUUAGGAGUCAAGAUCAACCUUCUACAUCUCAAUCUAUUGAGGUCAAUGAGGCAACAAGACUCUAA